AUGGCGGCUGUGCUGGCGGCGGGUGGAGACGUCUGCGGAGGGCUGCCGAAGCCUUGGAAACGGCGCCUGGACGCGCUGGAGGCGGGCCCGCGGCGAAUCUGCGGCGGCGGGGAUGCACCCGAGCCAGGCCCCUGGCGGGACCAGGAGCUGGCCGCCCGCCCGGCGCUGCAAGCUGCGGCUGCUGGCGAGCGCGUCUGCGGAGGCCGCCGCCACCGCCGCAACGCGGCCUGGCACGCGGCGCAGGCGCCCGCCGAGGGCUUCGCCCGCUCCUCGGCUGCGGCCAUUGCCAAGGCUGCGGCGGGGCCACGGCUUCUGGACUUCGCGGGCAGCGGUGGCAGCCCGAAGGCAGAGGCCGAGCAGCCUUGCGCGGAGGACACUGGCAUCGUGCACGGCAAGUUCGACCUGGCAGACGUCGGCAUCGGGGUUGCGCCUGGAUGCUGGCUUGCGCCAGACUGGAGCUCUCAGGCCGUCGCCUCUGCGGACGGCUUUGCUGCGGGCUGGCGGCUGGCCGAGGUCUCGGACAGCACGGUUACCAAGGAGAUGGAGGACGUCGGGGAAGAGAUCGUGGAGGAGGUCGUCGUAGAGGGAGGCGUCGGGGAGGUGCCGCUGCUGAGCACCGUGGCGCCGCAGUUCGACAACGACGAUUUCCAGUUCGGCCAGCUGGAGCUGUCUGCUGUGCAGCGGAUUGCGGAGCUGCCCAAGCUGGAGGGGAGGCUGCGCGAUGACUUCGGCAUCCAGCUGGAGACGCGCGUGCAGUGGGCCGACGAGUCCGACUACGGCAUCGACGAGGUGCCGAAGGACGUCGGCCUGGACAUGGACGAGGAGCGGGCCAGCAUCGGCCCCAGCGAUGUGUCCAGAGGCGCGGCUGUUCAUGACGAUUAUGCAGCGCUGGCAGAGACCUUCAAGGCCAAGGCCAAGGCUCUCCAG